UCGAACCCAUUUUUGCUUUCGAGCUCAUUCAUUAUGGGUUUUCAACAGCAGCCUGGAAGAUAUGAGACGAUAAGAGUUUUCACGAGCAGAUAUCUGGUUUGGUUUUGAUUUAUAUUCACCAAAAUAAGCAAAUGGUUUGGUUUGGAAUCACACGGAAACGAUGACGGUGGUCCUCUACAUUUGUACCAAUCCACAUUCAUACAAUGUCCUCUAUUGCUCAUUUCAAUCUCAAGCUCAGAGCUCUCUGCACGCAAGGUCGCUUGAAGGAUGCAGUAUACGCUCUGCUUCAUACAGACAACGUUCAUGUAGAUACUUCUACAUAUCUUCAUCUAUUGCAAACCUGCAUUGACAAGAAAGCUCUCUCAGAGGGUAAAAAAAUCCACUUUCACAUCAGUGAGAGAAUACCUACACUUGCAACAGACACAUUUGUACAGAAUAAAAUUAUCAGCAUGUAUGACAAGUGUGGAAGUGUUGUGGAUGCUCGCAAAGUUUUCAACCUAAUAACUGAACCAGAUGGAGUCUCAUGGAAUAUGAUAAUUGCAGCUUACAGAAGGCAUGGAAUUCAUCAAGAGGCAUUGGCAUUGUUUCAUCAAAUGCAACAACUGCCUGUUCAACCUGAUCGGUUUACACUGUCUGGUGUUCUCCCUGUGUGUGCCAAAUUAGCAUCUUUAAAGCAUGGUUUGCAAAUCCAUGGAAAUAUCAUUAGGCAUGGAUUUCAAUCUGAUGUUGUUUUGAUGAAUACACUAAUAGACAUGUAUGUCAAAUGUAAAACUAUAGAGAAGGCACGCAAAGUGUUUGAUAAAAUGCAUAAUACAAGCGUGGUUUCGUGGACUGCUAUGAUCACAGGAUAUGCACAAAGUGGUAUUCUUGAUGAGGCUUCGAGACUUUUCCAUGAAAUGCCUCAACCAAACGUGGUCUCGUGGACUGCAAUCAUUGCUGGCUAUGCACAAAAUGAGUUUGCUGAAAGAGCCAUGGCGAUUUUUAAGCAAAUGCUAUUGACGUCUGUAAAGCCAGACGAAUCCACGUUUGCAUGUAUCCUCUCCGCUUGUGCCAAACUUGCAGCUUUGGAACAGGGUACUGAAAUUCACCAAAAAAUAAUAGAAAGUGGUUUUUCCCAAGAUGUUGUAGUUGUAACUGCACUGGUAGACAUGUAUUCAAAAUGUGGCAGCAUAAAGAAGGCUAACAAAAUGUUUGAUAAAAUGCCUCAACGAAACAUAGUCUCAUGGAAUACAAUGGUUGUAGGAUAUGUACAAAAUGGUCUUGUUAAUAAAGCUGUGGAGGUUUAUAAGCAAAUGCAACUGGCAAGUGUGAUGCCAGAUGAAGCAACUUUUGCCAGCAUCCUCCCUGCUUGUGCUAAAAUUGGAGCCUUGGAACAGGGUAUGGAGUUUCAUCAGAGAAUAAUAAAAAAUGGGAUUUUGUCGAACCUGGUUACAAAUGCUCUGAUAUACAUGUAUGCAAAAUGUGGUAAUAUUUUUAAGGCACGUGAAUUGUUUGAUAACAUGUCUCAGUCAGAUGUAGUUUCAUGGAAUGCAAUGAUUGAAGGAUAUGCAAUGAAUGGCUAUAUUAAAGAUGCCCUCAAACUCUUUGAACUAAUGAAACACUCUGGAACCAAGCCUGAUCGUGUGAGCUUCCUUUGUGUUUUAUUUGCAUGCAGCCAUGCAGGUAUAGUGCAUCACGGUUGUGAAUACUUCAAUUGCAUGAGUGACUCUUAUUCCACUAUGCCUACAGUGGAUCAUUAUGUAUGUAUGGUAGACCUUCUUGCCCGUGCUGGCUAUCUUGAUGAAACUCUAAACUUCAUUAUUAAAAUGCCAAUAAAAACUGAUGUGGUUGUGUGGAUGUGUUUGCUUGGUGCUUGUAGAUCACAAAAGAAUACAAGUUUAGGAGAAUUUGUGGCAACACGCCUUUUUGAGUUGGAUCCACAAAAUGUUGCACCUUAUGUUCUUCUCUCAAACAUUUAUGCAGAAACAGGCAGGUGGGGUGAUGCUCAAAAGCUAAGGAAAAUAAUGAAAGAUAAAGGAAUGAAAAAGGUACCUGGAUGUAGUUGGAUUGAAGUUCAUAGAUUGGUGCAUGCUUUUUGCGUAGGUGACAGAUCACACCCACAAUCAGAAGAGAUCUAUGCAGAGUUGGAGAAAUUGUCGUGGGAGAUGAAGGCAGGAGGGUAUCUGUCAGAUACGAAACCUGUGUUGAGUGAUGUGGAAGAGGAGGAGAAGGAAUUUCUCCUCUGUCACCAUAGUGAGAAGUUGGCAAUUGCUUUUGGGUUAAUAAACACCCCACCUGGAACAACCAUUAGAGUUGUCAAGAACCUCCGAGUAUGCAUCAACUGCCAUACUGCAACCAAGUUUAUCUCAAAGAUUGUUGCUCGAGAAAUUGUUGUGAGAGAUGCAAACCGUUUCCAUCAUUUCAAGAAUGGACAGUGUUCUUGUGGAGAUUAUUGGUGAUUGUAAGGGAAACAAGCCAUAAACACAAGCUCACACUAUAACAAGGAAUGACAUCAGAAUUGGAGUGGUAAGAAGAAAUCAGGCUCUGUUUACAAUUUCAGAAAACAAAAUUUUGUUUCUUCUUAUUUGCAGAGCUAGAUUGUGAUUUUGAUUUGAUGGAACGAUAUCCUAUAGUAUGCAAUUGCAUUACACUGAGCCCUCAGGAAGCUUGUAAAUCUCUGGACUGAAAGGCUUGAGGAGGCAGAAGAUUGAGAAAUGGAGGGAGAGGAAUGUACAGAUAGAUCUUCUCAGUGAAUAAGGAAUCUGCGAUAAGGUCUCACAAUCAAGCCAAUGCCGGGAUACACUGAGAUAAGAGCAUCUCUUGAUUGGUAACACUCUUUGUUGUACAACGUGCUGAGUUUUUGUAAUAUUUGCUUGCAAACUGCUAUCUGAUCCCAUCAAAACAUGUAUAGGCUGUAUUAUCCCCAACUUUAGGAAGAAAAGCUUUUCUGUCUGCUACAUAUCCUCCAUAUAUGGGUCCAUUAAAACAUUAACCACAAUUAAAUGUGGAGAUCUCCAUGCAGUGAAUUCAAUGUACGUGCUCUUAAAUUUGGGCUUCACAACCUACUAUACUGGCAAC